UCGGUUGUAGCUCACCUGAGGAACCUCCGGAAGCUCUGACGGCAAACCCGGUUCUGUCAUGCUGGAACCAGAACAUGGCCCUAUGAUGCAGGUGGAGCACACCCAUACAAGAUGUUGGGUGUGUGUGCUGAGCUGCCUUCUGCUCGCCUGUCUGUAUGUUGGCAGUCUGUACGUCUGGAGAAGCAGCUUACCCAGGGAUCAUCCCAGUAUGAUAAAGCGUCGCUGUGCCAGUGUGCUGCUGGUCUCCGCACUGUCACCUGCAGUGGUGAAGGCAUGGAUGCACUGGGCUGAUGUCAGGGUCGAUGCAUCUGUGUGGGAGCUGAUGGGAGUUCGUUUGGAGGGUCUGGUUCCUGCAGCUGUACUGCCACUGCUCCUAACCAUGGUACAUCAGGGAGUCUCAACCCAGAUUCAACUUUACAGAAAAGAUGUAUUUUAUCUUGGUCCCAUGGUUCAUUCUGCAAUAGACAACCCUCAAGGCUUCACUGGAGAGCUGCAGUCUGCACUCGACUUUAUUUUCACAGAUGUUCAGUCGUGGAGGUUGUGUGUGAGAGAUGCAGUGUGGCUCAGGAACCAGGUGGUGGCACCAGUGACGGAGGAGCUGGUGUUUAGAGGGGCCAUGCUGCCCAUGCUGGUACCCUGCACAGGACCGACAGCCGCCAUCUUCACGGCUCCGCUAUUCUUCGGUGUUGCCCAUUUCCACCAUAUCAUAGAGCAGCGACGCCUCCGUAAGGACAGUAUGAGUGCCAUCCUCAUGGUGUCAGGGAUGCAGUUCUUGUAUACAACUGUGUUCGGUGCCUUCACUGCCUUUAUAUUCAUGAGAACUGGUCAUGUUGUGGGUCCAGUACUGUGCCAUUCGUUCUGUAACAGUCAGGGCCUGCCUGACAUCAGCUCUGCCCUGCAACACCCUCAACAAUCAGCUCUACUCUUCUCCUAUCUUAUGGGGGUGCUGCUGUUUCUGGUGCUCCUCUUCCCGCUGACAGACACCUUCUUCUAUGGUGCCAUUCCCGUCUGCAGCCUGGUUGCCCCUCCGGCAUCUGCAUGCUAGAUUAAAUUAAAUGAAAUAUACUCCCACUCUUAAA